UCACGACGGCGGAGGUGUGUGUAUCCCCCGUAGACGGGGCCUCCAGGAUUCGUGCCGUCUAAUUGACAAUGGCUGAUAGUGAAUUUGAAGAAUUUCGCCAUUACUUUGAACGUUUACCUCAACAUUUAAAAGCGCCUAUUUCAAAUUACACUCUUGUUCAUGAUGUAUUGGUCGACGAUUCACCAACAUCAUCACAAGCCAGUGAUAAUGGGCAUCUCUCUUGUCCACGUAUUACACCACCAGAACCUGAUGAUUCAGAUGAUGAAGAAGAUGCCCAAAUUAUUAUUAAUCAGCAUAAUAUUCAAAGUGGUCACACAUCCGGUGAUGAUAGUGAAGACCUUGAUCACAAUUCUUCAAUAAUCGCUGACAGUGAUUUUAGCUUGUUCGGUGGACUGAGCAGCAGGAUUCGAUAUCAGCCUGGAGAUAGAGAUGGAGGAUCUCGAGGUGCAGUAAUCAACAUUAUUGGACAAUACGACAGUGCAAUAGUCAGUGAUUCGGUUGGUGGUUCGUGCUCAAGUCUCACGACUGGAUCAUCAUGUUGCCCUACUCCUGAACACGCGGGCAAUCGACCUGCUAGUAGUGCUAAUGAACGACGACGCAGACGUUUACCCGAAAUACCAAAAAAUAAUUAUAAUAAUAAUAAUAACAACAACAACAACAACAACAACAAAUCAAUGACAGGUAAUUAUGUGCCUCUACACACAUCCCCUUCGUUAGCUGACGAAUUGGCAGGUGUGUCAGGAGUUAUUGGAGCCGGAAGACCGCAUUUAGUUCUUAGAAAAUGUCAUUCACGACUACUUAACGAAGAUACAUCGCCUGACAGUGAAAGAAUGACCACUGACAGUGGACAUAGUACUGCUCAUUCACCUGAUAAUGGACCUAAAAGUGUAUCACCUAUUCCAUCUAGUAAUAAUUUACAAAAUACUGAUUCUGCAUCACCCAGUAGCACUCCAGGAAGUGGAGGAAUUCCAUUCACACAAUUAGAAUUACUAGAAGCAACACAUCGCGGUCUUCAUAAAUUUAUACCACGACAUCAUGACGAAAUAGAUUUAGAAAUUGGUGAUCCAAUUUAUGUGCAAAAAGAAGCUGAUGAUUUAUGGUGUGAAGGUGUAAAUUUACGGACAGGACGUCAAGGAAUAUUUCCGUCUGCUUAUGCUGUAGAUAUGGACUACAGUGAUUUUGAUCCUACUGCACCAAAAGUUAAGCGAGAACGUUAUUUGUUGGGUUAUUUAGGAUCCGUUGAAACUUUGGCUCACAAAGGAACAGGUGUUGUUUGUCAAGCAGUCAGAAGAAUUGUUGGCAAUACAGCUAGUGAUUUACCAGAAUCACAAAGUUGUAUAUUAGAAAUAUCUGAUCAGGGACUUCGUAUGGUUGAUCGAAGUAGUAAACCAAGGCAACGAAAAAAUCGAGGGCCAUGUCAUGACUAUUUUUAUUCACUUAAAAAUGUAUCUUUUUGUGCAUUUCAUCCACGAGAUCAUAGAUAUCUUGGGUUUAUUACUAAACACCCUACACUACAAAGGUUUGCAUGUCAUGUAUUUAUUGGACAAGAAUCAACAAGACCUGUUGCUGAGGCUGUUGGACGAGCUUUCCAUCGAUUCUAUACUAAAUUCAUUGAGACUGCUUUUCCCAUAGAGGACAUAUAUAUUGAGUAA